AUGGCUUCGCGAACGCUCCUUCGAUCAAGGUUGGCUGCCCCUGGCCGCCUGCGUCCUGUCUCUCUCAACCAAACUCGGUACAAAGCGACUGUACCAUUUAGACUCCCGGAUGCUAGGAACGAGCCUAAUCCGCUCUACACACGAGGGUCCCAAGAGCGUCUUCAGUUAGAAGCUGCACUGGCCGAUCUCCGUUCUCAACUACCAGCAGAGAGCAACAUCUAUUUCAAUGGCAAGGUGCAACCAGCAGUAAAGUCAUUAGAUCAGCCACUCCCAGCCGAACAUGGAACCUCCUUCACAAAUUUCCCUCUCGCAACCAAGGAGCAGGUCUCGACCGCCAUCGAGUCUGCCCUGAAGGCCAAAAAGGGCUGGGAGAACACGCCGUUUGUAGACCGCGCGGCCAUCUUUCUCAAGGCCGCAGAGCUCAUUACGACCAAGUAUCGCUACGAACUUAUUGCGGCGACGAUGCUGGGCCAAGGAAAAAACAUCUGGCAGGCUGAGAUUGAUGCAGCAGCUGAACUAGCUGACUUUUUCCGACUUAACUGCAACUUUGCGGCGGAAUUGUUAGAGCGACAGCCUACUCGGGGAACCGAUGGAAUGUGGAGCCGAAUGGAUUACCGGCCGUUGGAAGGAUUCGUCUACGCGAUUUCACCAUUUAACUUCACUGCACUGGGAGGUAGUCUGCUAUCUGGUCCCGCUUUGAUGGGAAACGUCGUUCUGUGGAAGCCAUCGCCAUUGAAUAUCUACGCGAGUACUUUGGUUUACAAGAUCCUUCUUGAGGCCGGUCUGCCACCUGAUGUUGUCCAAUUCGUCCCGGGUGACGCGGAGGAGGUUACAGAUGUGGUUCUUCGUCAUUGGGACUUUGCUGGCCUCAACUUUAUCGGUUCUUCAGAUGUGUUCAGGUCUAUCUAUGCGAGAAUCGGGGAUGGUAUCGGCAAGAAGGCGUACCGUGAGUUCCCUCGAAUUGUGGGUGAAACCAGUGGAAAGAACUUCCACCUAAUCCAUAACUCGGCCGAUAUUCCAUCGGCCGUCAACCAUACAAUUCGCGGUGCAUUCGAGUAUCAAGGGCAGAAAUGUUCGGCAACCUCGCGCGUGUAUAUUCCUGAAUCUCGCGCAGAGGAGUUUUUCUCCCUGCUGAAAGCCGGUGUCGAAGGAAUUACUAUCGGUAGCCCCGACAAGGACUUGGAAGCUUACAUGGGUCCGGUUAUUGGCCGCAAUUCCUUCAACAAGAUCAAGGGUGUUAUUGAUGCGAGCAAUGCGGAUCCGUCCUUGGAGUUGGUUGCUGGUGGUACAUACGAUGACUCCGUUGGUUUCUUUGUAAAUCCAACCGUCUACAAAGCGCGAUCUCCGGACCACCCCUUGUUCAACGAAGAAAUUUUCGGACCUGUUGUAGCAGUCAAUGUCUACCCGGAUGCCGAAUGGAGUUCUGUGUUGAAAAAUGUCGACAAAGCCGGUGGCGGUUUGGCACUGACAGGUGCAGUUUUCGCCAAGGACCGCGAGGUUAUUCGUGAAGCGGAGGAUGCACUUCGCUAUGCUGCUGGAAAUUUUUACAUCACCAUGAUCUCCAAAGGUGGUAGAAUCGUUAUUGUUGGCGGAGGCGCCUUUGGCCUCUCUACGGCGCUGCAUCUUGUCCAAAACGGAUACAAUAACGUCACUAUUUUUGAGCAGGAUGACCAAAUACCCCCCGGUCACUCGGCCGCCAAUGAUUUGAACAAGAUUGUUCGGGCUGAAUACGAGGACAACUUCUACACGGACUUAACAAUUGAAGCUAUAGAGGCCUGGAAAACACCCCUCUUCGCCCCACACUUUCACCAAACCGGUUUUCUGCAUUGUGUCUCAGGGGACGCUCCCGAUAAGGCAAUCGAGACGUUGAAGAGGUUCGAGACCGCUGCUACCAGUCACCCUCGUAUCGACCCGCAUGUCAUACCGGUGAACGGGAAAGACGACAUCCGACGUUGGUUCUGGCAGGCUGAGGGCCGGUUCCCGGGGUGGAAAGGAUACAUAAACAAGUUUGACGGGUACGCUCAUUCGGCGAAUGCACUGGUAGCCGUAUAUAGGGAGACACAAGCUUCCGGUGUAAGGGACGGCAAGAGCAUUGGUAUUAGAACUGUUAAUGGCCAAUUCCAUCCUGCAGAGCUGGUAAUUGUGGCCGCCGGUGCAGCAGCCUCCAAGCUUGUCCCCGAGGUUGGGAACCAGGUCGUUGCAAAGUCCUGGUCUGUCGCACAUGUACACCUCACAGAUGAGGAAACAUCCGAGUUGCGAGGGAUCCCUGUUACCUACGCGAGGGAUUUGGGGUUCUUCUUCGAACCCGAUCCUAAGACAAACCUACUAAAGCUGUGUCCUAUGGGUGGUGGGUAUAUUAACACCGACACAACGACAGGAGUGUCCCAUGCCCCUCAGUCGCUAGAGACCAGUACAUUUAUACCACAGGAGGAUGAAUCCCAAUUGCGUCGUUUGCUGGCGCAAACGCUGCCCAGGUUAGCAAAUCGGCCUCUUGUGCGUAGGUCCCUGUGUUGGUUUGCAGACACGAAAGACUCGGACUUCAUUAUUGACUAUGUGCCAAAUACUGCGUCGUCGGUAGUGAUCCUGUCUGGCGACUCGGGGCAUGGGUUCAAGAUGUUUCCGAUUGUGGGGAGGUGGGUAAAAGAUCUGAUUGAGGCGUCCGAUAGCAAACAGGCGGUUAGAAGGUGGCGGUGGAAGGAGUCCAAUACACAGAUAGGGGAAAACUGGGGUGAGGAUGUUAGUUGGAGGCUUGGACAAUCGAGGGAGUUGAAAGAUAUUCUCCCAGGCAGGGUGAAGUUGUGA